AUGUCUCCCUUCCCCCACCGCCCUCCAAAACCCAGUUCGGGAGAUGCAUCCUUGGUCCCCUGCAACCUCUGUCCGGACGCGCCGCCUCCUCGCCAGGGCCCGGGCGGGCUGCUGCAGCUGGUCCUCAGCGCGUGGACGCGGCAGGUGUUAGCAGAGCCGAGAGCGGAGCUGCGGUCGCGGCACCGCUGCGGGAGUCGGGGGAUCGGGAAAGAGCCCGAGCGAGGCGGAGAUCGUGAGAAGGAGAACGGAGUUCAGGCAGGCGACGCGCGGUCCGAGGCAGAGAGUUGGAUGGCCGAGCGUCGGCUCCCGGCCCCGCACGCAGGUGCUCAAGUAGGAGCUGCCGGUUGCUGGGGAAAAUGCCAGAGAAGUGGAGCUCCAGGGAAGCAGCCCUUCUCAGGAAAGUCCUUUUACUUGGACCUUCCUGCUGGUGACACUCUCCAGUUUUUGACGGGGACCAUCCAGCAGCUGGGAGGGGUAAUUGAGGGUUUUCUAAGCAAAGAGGUAACUUACAUCGUGUCCAGCCGCCUGGAGGCAAAGAGGGAGAGCCUCAAGGGGAGCCCCAGGAACUGCCCCAGCCCCGGGGAGGUCAGAGUGGAGACCCCCUCGUCCAGGGCACCUCCAAAAGGCAGCCCCACCAGACCUGUCCUGAGGCCUAACAGCUCGGCACCCCUGAGCAGAGGGAAGGAGCUGCUGAGAAAGGCCGUCGGGAGCCAGGGGAGCAGCUGCAGCCUUGUGAGCCAGGCCCGCGCCUGGGGAGUGAGGGUCCUGCAUGUGAACGAAAUGAUGGCGCGUGUGCAGCAGCUCCCCCUGAACACGCUCUGUGGGACAAGGCAGGGGCCGAGGAAGCGCCAGGGAAGCUGUCCAGCCGCAGAGUCUAGAACGCGGAAAGUGGCCCAGCUGCAGGCGCCUUUCCUCAAGGUCGAAGAUGAGAGCAGGAACUUCCGCCCUUGCCAGCAUCAGUUUAAAACCUUUCCCGAGCUCUCUUUCCUGGGACCCAAAGAGGCAAGUCCCUUUGAGGCGCUGCUGUCUCCAGGCGGCUCGCGCCCAGACAGAGAGCCCCGGGAUGCAGAGACCAGCCCAGGCUCGGGCGCCCGGAGGAGGACAGGCUACUGCGAGUGCUGCCAGCAGGCCUUCGAGGAGCUCCACGGGCAUCUGCAGAGCGCCCAGCACCAGCGCUUUGCCCGGGGAGCCCAGUCCUACGCAGAGGUGGACGGGAUCAUUGCCCAGCUCUGCCCUGGCCUCACAGGCAUCCGAACCCAGGCCCACCUGCCCAGGACGGAGGAACCAGAGGAGCAGUCGACCCCGGGGCCCCAGGAGUGGACUCGAGGCCACCUGCAGGCACCCCCUGAGACCGUGGGCACUGGAGAGACCCUCACACCGGGAGCCAGCUGA